GGCAAGCAGCGCAGAGCAGCCGGAGCAUCGUGGGGCAGCCCCUCUCCCUGCCCACCGCCUGCCCCUCUGCCCCCUCAGCUCCCCGUGGGGCUCACCCUGCUGAGAGAUGCUCCAGGCAGAGUCUGCUCCCCGUUCCAGGCAUGCACCCCUGGCUGGGGCAGGGCAGAGCCCGGCUGCGCUCCUGGUGCGUUUCGGGACGGGUUUUAGGACCUAGCAAAUGGCUCGGGAUUCACCCUGAGUGAAGCAUCAGGAGCAGGGACAAAGCCCUUGGACAGCCAGCUCUGGCUGAGGUCAGGGCAGUGCCGGCUGCUCCUGGGGCUUCUCUGGGACAGGGAGGCUGGCCAGGCUGGAGGAGCCAUGCCUGGAGCCUGCUGGUCCCCGUGGGGUCUGAGCCGAGGGGCCACUGUGGUGAGGAGGGUGGGAGUGCACCCACCACGCAUCUGGGGUGGCUUGAGCAAGCGGGGACAGGAGCGGGAGUGGGUGCUGAGUGUGGGCGCACCCAGGAAGGAGGGAAGGAGCUGGCAGGGUGUGAGAGCAGGAGAUUAGGGCAGGGAGGUCAUAAUUUCAGGGCGAGGAGGGUGGCACGGCCCCUGGGCUGAUGUGUGCAGGCGGGAUGUGCCCAGGGGUGCUGUCAGGACUGACAGCCCCAAUGCUGCGUGGGCUGAGCACAGCCCAGGCGUGGUCAGUGAGUGACAGUGUCACCCUGGGACACUGGCACGCCACGGAGCCACCGGGAUGCUGCUCUUGGAACCCCGCAGCUCCCGAGAGUCCUGGGGAGAACACCCUGCUCCUGCCCCGAGGCUGUUUGUGUUUGUCCACAAGAGGGAAAUGUUUCUCCAGGAUCAUAACUUCAGCGAGUCCCAUCCCCAUCACCCCGCUGCCAUCACCCUGCUGCCAGCAUCCCACUCUGGGUGCAGGGCUGCUCCCCCACCUGUUUCCUACUUACCUGCCCUGGUGCUAGCAGCUGGUGGCCGAUGCUGAAUCACUCUGGUCCACGUGCCCUGGUCCCUGCGCUCGGUUCCGUGCUGAAGCACCGACUGGCUCUGGGAUAAACGUAGCGGGGGCGAAUCCUCCGACGUCGCUGGGCUUGGCUCUGCUCAUUAAUUCUUGUGCAAAGCCUUGGCUUGUUUGGGGCUCACAGUGACUGGGGACCUGCAGCAGCUGGCUUGGAGCCAGUGAUCACCCUGAGGACUGUCCCCACGUGCUCAGGGCUGGGGUCCUGCUGCUGGGAAGGAGCUGCUGUGAUGCCACACCAAGGCUCUUUGGCAUCGAUGUUUACAGAGUUGUGAUCCCUAGAAAGGUGACUCAGCCCAGCUCCAUGUCCCUGGGUUUCCAUCUUCACUCUCCUGGCUUAGGGAAAAAAUACACACCCUGGCUCCUCUGAUGGCUCCUUUGACCCCACAUCCUUGACCCCAUCCUGGACCAAACCCACCCGUGCACUGCAAAGGGUGGUCACACCAUGCCACGAGGCCCCUGAGACCCCCAGGAGCUCCCUGUAUUUGGAGAUUGGCCACAAGAAACGGCUUUGGGGGCUUGGUGGGGCUGCCUGGUAUCUGUGUGCCAGCAGCUCCAUGCGGGGCGUUGCCCGGCCCCUGGGUCUCACUUUUCCUGCUCAGCAGGACACUCUUAUCAGCUGGUUUUGAUAAGGAUGAGCUCCAGCAGCCUCCGCAGUGUUUUGCUUCCAGGAGCUGUGGGAUCUGAGCCAACUGGGGGGGCUGUGGCUGAUGGGGCCCAGGAAAGACUGGACUUUGGAAUGGGAAAGGGUGAACGGGGGCAUCCUGGAUGGCUGGAAGUGAGCUUGGAGGUGGCUGAUUGCCUUAGGAGCUAUUAAUCCCUCCCCAAAAUUGGGGUUCAUUAGCCUGGGUGUAGCAGUCUGAUCACACCUUUGUCACACUUGGAGGUGGGAGAUGCACAGCGCAGCAGGACAGGGACAGGAGCUCCCUCCUGGGCCACCUGUUUGCCCCGUGAGAUGUAACCAGGGGCUACCUGGCCCCAUCUGCCCCAGCCCCAGUGGCAACUGGCCCAGGUGUCGCAUGGCUCAGCUCCCAGCAGAGGCGUGGAACUGUGGCAGGGCCCAUGGCAGGGCAGUGCUGGGGGUAGGAGGAACUUUGAUGAAUUGAAUUGCCCCAGAGUUGCAUCUGAUAUGCCAGAAAUGGAGAAAAUUAGUCAUGAAGUGCUGCUCCACCCAUGGAGAGAAAGCUAACGGAGCAGUUUAACCCUGUGCAGGGGAGCCCUGACCUGGUAUUGAUGCUGCAGGCUAGCAGAGCUGGGGCUGGGAGCUGUGGCUGGGAUCUGGCCACCCUUCAUUCCCUGGGCCACCCCUGUGGGGAGAUGCUGAGGAUGUCCCCGCAGUAAUGGGUGCGUGUCCACAGGAGUGGGAACAUCCUGGGUGAUGGGACCAGGUAGGAUCUGUGUGCCCAGGUGAGCUGGCCCAGUUCAGCCUUGGCUCGCUGGGCUUCAGGGUCACUCUUGGAGGAGCAGGGAGUGCUACCAGAGCACCAGAGCUUUGCUCCUGGCACGGUGUUGGGACAGCAGGAUCCCCUUUGAGGGUCCAGCUGCUGCUGUUGACAGUGGGAAUGCAGCCCUGCAGGAGCUGGGGUAUUGCCCGCUUGCUGCCACCGCUGCCACCACUGCUGCCUUCCCCAGCACGUGCUGAGUUGGGGAGGAUGAUGCCAAAGGCUUGGGCAGGCAAGGGCAGCAGCCCCAGCUCCCAUGUGGCCACCAAUGCUGUGCCCUGAGCUUUCACUGACCUUGCCUGGGUGUCCUGGACCCUCCUGUGCUGAGCACACAGCCCCACGGCCCCUGGGGGACAGUGGGGACAGCGGGGUGGCGGGCAGCGGGUGUCCAGGGUGCUGUAGGAGGUCCCCAGCAGGACAGGCAGCCGUGCCAUGAGCCUGCCCCUGGCUCUGCUGGGUUCCCAGGGGCUCAGAUCUGCCCCUAUGACACCUCCCUGUGCUGGCUGAACCUUUAACUCAGGCACAGCUGCCAGCACCGUGUCCCUGUCCCUCCUUGGCAGAGGGGACCCGGCGCUCCCCAGCCCCGUGGCGAGGAGAUGCGCGGCGGUCCCGAGGGCAGGUACAGGCCGGGAGGAGAGCAAGGAGGAGCUGUGGGGGUGGGAGAGGGUGUGCUGCGGAGGGAGGUCUCCGAGCAGCUCCCUGUAAAGGCGAGGUGGGGAGGUAGGAGCUGCUGAGGAGGAGGAGGGCUGGUGGCAGCACAGGUCGGGAGCAGCUGGGGUGAAGGAGGGUGGGGUGCGGACCUUCCCCACCCGACCUGCAAGGCGAGGGUGUUUGGGGGGAAUGGGGUAUGUGGAAGGAGCUCCACGGAGGAACAGGGAGAUGGGGCUGAUCCCUCCAUCCCCGUGCCUUGACUGAGGGUGUCCUCGCCGCAGGAGCUGCUCCCUGGGACCGGCUUGGGGAACGCGGAAGGGCCAUGUGGGCUGUCGGCGUCCUGGGCUGGCUGCUGCUGCUGCUGCUGCUGCCAGUGUCCCGGGUGGCAGGUGCCCGACCCUGCAUCCCCAAGGAUUUUGGGCACGGCUCGCUGGUUUGUGUGUGCAACGCCACGUACUGUGACACGCUGGACCCCCUGGUCCUGCCGACCCCCGGCUCCUACGUCAAGUACGAGAGCAGCAAGGCCGGAAAGCGGCUGGAGAGGAGCGAGGGGAGAUUCCAGAGCAGUCUGCGCACCCCAGGGCUGCUGCUGACCCUCAACAUCUCCACGCUGUACCAGCACGUGAAGGGCUUCGGAGGGUCCCUCUCCGAUGCUGCUGCCAUGAACAUCCUGAAGCUGUCACAGCCAGCCCAGGACAACCUGCUGCGCUCCUACUUCUCUGAGAGUGGGAUUGAGUACAACCUCAUCCGGGUCCCCAUGGCUUGCAGCGACUUCUCUGUGCGCCCCUACAGCUACGAUGAUGUCCCUGAUGACUAUGAGCUGAAGCACUUCAGGCUGGCAGACGAGGACGUGAAGAUGAAGAUUCCCCUUCUGAACCGAGCUUUGGCCAUGAGCAAGCGGCCGCUGUUGCUGUUCGCCAGCCCCUGGACUGCCCCAGCCUGGAUGAGGAGUAACGGGGAUGUCCGUGGGAAAGGGACUCUGAAGGGGAAGGCAGGGGACAAGUACCACAAGACCUGGGCCAACUACUUCAUCAAGUUCCUGGAUGAAUAUGCCAAACACAAUGUGACCUUCUGGGCAGUGACGGCGCAGAACGAGCCACUGGCGGGGCUCUUUACACCCCCCCAGGCCCCCACCAUCGCCUUCACGGCCGCACAGCAGCGGGACUUCAUCGCCCAGGACCUGGGCCCCGCGCUGGCCCGCAGCCCCCACCGCACACGGCUCCUCAUGCUCGACGACCAGCGCAUCCACCUCCCGCACUGGGCCAAAGUGGUCUUGGGAAAUGCCACAGCUGCCCGUUAUGUGGCUGGCCUGGCGGUCCACUGGUACCUGGAUGCCAUCGUCCCGCCUGGCUGCAGCCUGGAGGCCACCCACAAGCUCUUCCCCGACCAUUUCCUCCUCUACACAGAGGCCUGCACUGGCUUCUUCAUGUUCCGCUUCGCCGUGUCCCUGGGCUGCUGGGAGCGGGGGGACCACUACAGCUACAGCAUCCUGACGGUCAUGAACCACUUUGUGUCUGGUUGGACCGACUGGAACCUGGUCCUGGAUCUGGAGGGAGGCCCCAACUGGGUCAAGAACUUCGUGGACAGCCCAGUCAUUGUGGAUGGCAGCAAGGACGUUUUCUACAAGCAGCCCAUGUUCUACCACAUGGGGCACUUCAGCAAGUUCAUCCCCGAGGGCUCCCGGCGGGUGGGGCUGCACAGCAGCCACCGUUGCCUCCUCUGCCAGCUGGAGCACGUGGCUGUCCUGCGCCCCGAUGGUGCCCUUGUCCUGGUGGUCCUCAACAGGUUUGGCCGGGAUGUGCCAUUUGGAAUCCGGGACCCUGCCAUGGGCUUCAUUGAGACUGUGGCUCCAGCCCACUCCAUCCAAACCUACCUGUGGCGCCAGCAGUGAGAGCCAGGGGAGUGCUGGGGGGCUCUGGGGGACUCUGGGGGUCAACUCUUCCUCCACCCUUUCCAACAUCCCUCAGGAGUGGCAGCAGAUGCCAGGAGUGCAGCCCCCGCACGAGGGGCUCCGUGCGCUCCUGGCACCGGGGUCUGGCCAGGCCUGCUCCUUCCCAGCCUCCCCUCCCUCCCAGCACUUCCCAUCCCUCUGGAAGCUCCCUCUGCAGCGGCUCCUGGACCACACUUCCACACGUGGCCCCCUUGAAACCUUCGCGUGUGUCGCGGGCGCCAAGUAAAGCCAUGACGCUCUCCCUCCGGAAUGCGCCGUUCCCGUCAGUGUUUCCUCUACGCGCUCGGAAAUCGCUCGGUUUUCCUCGGCGGGGCGGCUCGGGGCCAGGGGUGCCCCGGGGGCUCCGGCCCCCGUGGCCUGCGGGUGUCUCCUUGUUUAUCCCUGCAGCUGGAGCCUCCGCCACUGCCAGCCCUUGAUUCAUUCCAUAUGUGCUGUUGGUUUUCCCCAGCUUGCUUUUUGGGGGAAUAUUUUAAAAAUCCAAAGGUCAGACACUGUUGGAAAGGCACAGUAAAUGAUAUCAGUGGCCCCAUCCACCAAACCUUACGGACAAAUUAGGCUGGUGCCACCGUCUCCAGGGUGGCCCCUGGACAGAGUCCCCUCUAUUCUGGCUGUGGCCAACACUGGCCACAGCCCGCAAUGACCUCCCUGUCCUAUUUACUUUCCCUAAAUACCAGUUACAGUAUUCCCUGUGCCUUUGGGAACAUUACCAGCGUCUUUGAAGUACAGGAAUGAGAAAGCCAGAGCUCUCCUUGGCCAAUGCCCCUGUGUGAGAGCCACGGAACUGCUGAGGUUAGGGAAAACGAAAAACCCAGAUGCUUUACAGCUGGUUUAUUGGAGUGUGGUGUGAAGGUGGCACCGGGCUCCAUCCCAGCCCUGUUCAAGGAGCCUGUCCUGUGCUUUUAUCCGUGUUCCUGGGGAAUGCUGGCCCCAACGGCAGCUGGGUCAGGCUGCGUGUGCUUAGAAUCAUAGAAUAGAAUCAUGGAAUCCUUGAGGUUGGAAAAGGCCUCAAAGAUCAUCAAGUCCAACCGUUCCCCCAGCACUGCCAAGGCCAGCCCUAAGUCACGUCCCCAAGUGCUCCAUACACAUUUGUUAAAUCCUUCCAGGGAUGGCAACUCCACCCAGCCGAUGCCAGGGCUGGACAGUCCUGUCCGUGAAGAAAUUUUCUUUAAUAUUCAACCUAAACCUCUCCUGGGAAACGCCACAGCUCUCCUGAAGCAACUUGAGGCCAUUUCCUCUUGUUCUUGUUCCCUGGGAACAGAGCUUGACCCCACCUGGCUGCCCCCUCCUGUCAGAGGGUUGUGUAGAGCCAGAAGGACCCCCCUGAGCCUCUUUCUCUGCAGGCUGAGCUCUCUCAUCCUCUCCUGGUGCUACAGAACCCUCCUCAGCUGCAUCCCCUUCUCUGGACAUGCUCCAGCCUCUCAAUGUCCCUCUUGUCAGGAGGGGCACAGAACUGACCCCCAGGAUUCGAGGGGUGACCUCAUCAGUGCCCAGGCUCACUGUGCUGGUCCUGCUGCCACACCAUUCCUGACAUCUUGGGAAUGUCCCCUUCCCAAGGGACAUCGGAGCCCUCACCCCCGUGCUCAGCAGGGUUCAGGGACAGGUGUGCAGGGCAAGGCUUUGGCUCAGCCCCUCUGGGCUGGCUCCUGCUCCUGCCUGUUUGGAGCUCAGCUGCUGAGGGAUGCUGCCUUCCCUCCCGGCUGAAAAUCCAGCUGGGAAACGGGGGGAUGCAAUACCCCGGGCAAGGGGAGCGAGGGGUGGGGUGAGGCUGGAGGAACCACCCCCAUCAUCCCCACUGCCUGCAGCGAGUGCUGGGGGAGCCCUUCUCUGGUGGCAGCAGGAGAAGCAGGGCCUUGGGUGGGGGGCUGUGAUCUCCAGUGAGGUGCUGUGACUCUGGGCAAGAGGCUGUGACACUGAGUGAGGGGCUGUGCUCCCUGGGACAGGGCUGUGCUCCCUGGGAGGGGGUCUGUGGUCUCUUGGUGGGGGUCUGUGGUCCCUGGGAGGAGGGCUGUGGUCCCUGGUUGAGGG